AGUUAUGUAGAUAUUAAUGAAGGAUUUAGCCCACACUAUAGGCUCCAUUCCGCUCUGUGUGGUCUGGGUACCGCUAAAAGGUACUUGCGAUCUCUGGUCAGCUAGUGAAGCAAAAAAAUAAAAUAAAGACAAAGAAAUUGGUUGGUUCUUUGAGUUCGUUGGAUUGUUUUGUUCCUUUUCUUUUCAUGUAAAAGAUCGUGAAACUUAAAUUUCGUGGACAUAAAGUUCUUAUUGGCACUGUGCAUGGAUUUACGAGAAGAGUCAGUAAUAUUACAGCGUUUGCCAUUGUGACGCAAAAAGAGUUGGUUGGUUCUUUGAGUUCGAUGGAUUGUUCUGUUCCUUUUCUUUUCAGGAAAAAGAUAAACGAUUUGGAUAUCGCUUACUUUUCUGCUGUGCCUUUACAAACUGUAAUGAAUCUGAGUUACCACUGAGGAUAAAAACAAAACUGCUUCAGUAGUGUAGAUAGCGAGCUUCUCUGAUGCGAGUGUCGAAGAACCAAGGUGAAGUUUAGAAAAUCGAGGCAACUUUUGCAUUCUCUUGGGCCAGAUUUUAUCUUUGAGUGACAAACAUUUAGAAUAACAGCUGAAGGACUUCUUCAGAAAGGAAAAGAUCGCUAACCUAGUUUUGAUAAGACGGCAUUUUGUACCGUGAAUCUCUUGCACCCUAGGAAGUUUUCAACAGGUAGAAGACAACUUCAUCAGUGUUCAUACUUUCCGAACGUACAGACGUAUAGACGCUCGUCACUCCUCAUCAUGAAUUUCAUGCCCCAGAUCGGCAUCGGGGGGACUCGUGACGGUACCUCUUCCAACACAAUGUUCCUGGGCCUGAGCCCGAACCCCCAGCGCCGACACACGAUCGUUGAUCAUAACUACCAUCCUCAUUUCCGGGAAUACGACGGUAGUGGAUCUGUGAGAAACAGCCUCAACGAAAUCCACAUGGCAGAGAUCCCGAGAGCGAAAUCAAAACACAGCAGAAAUCCCAGUACUGCCACCACUGGGGCCGUGAGCUGUAACAUUGGGUUUGGAUUUAAUAACAACAAUGGUCCCCACAGUGGCGGAUUAGAUGUCGAGGGAGAGGUUCAACACCCUCUUUUGACAUUGCCUCCCAAUGACCACGACGUUGACAGAGCCUCCUCUUACGGCAAAUCUCUGCUAGAACAUCUUCCUUUAGAGCACGACUGCCAAUUAGAGGACUGUCAGAGGGUCAUCAUCAACGUAAGUGGUUUGAAGUUCGAAACCCAGCUCCGUACAUUGAAUAGACUUCCUAACACCUUGCUUGGAGAUCCGAAUAAGAGAAAGCGUUUCUGGGACGAAGCGAGACAAGAGUUUUUCUUCGACCGCCAUCGUCCAACAUUCCAGGCAGUGCUUUACUACUACCAAAGUGGAGGGCGUCUGAAGAAACCUCUGGAGGUUCCCAUGGACAUUUUUCUGAAUGAACUCCAAUUUUACGAGCUUGGUGCACCUGUCAUCAGUUGCUUCAAGGAGACCGAAGGUUAUAUAAUGGACACUAAAGAUAUACCGAUGCCAGAAACGAAAUGGAAGCGCUUCAUCUGGGAAGCUGUAGAGUAUCCUGAAAGUUCAUUACUCGCCAAAGUCUUCGCGGUAUUCUCGAUAUGCUUUAUUUUGGUCUCGGUGGUGACGUUUUGUGUGGAGACACUGCCACAAUUCGAGAAUUCGGGCUGCGAGAAUGUGACCGUGCUUGAUGCACAUGGCAACGAGACUGUGGUCACAUAUACAAAGUGGCUCGACCCUUUGUACCUUAUUGAGAGUUGUUGCAUUGCCUUCUUUGUCAUUGAGCUGAUUCUCCGAUUCCUUGUGUGCCCUUCCAAGAUGAUGUUCGUCAAGAAUUCAAUCAACUGGAUAGACCUGCUGGCAAUCACUCCGUAUUUUGUUUUCCUUGGCAUUAAUUUGGCGUCUGGCACAUGCAAUGUCAGCAGCAAAAGCUCAGUGCUGAGUGUACUAAGAGUAAUUCGCGUGGUGCGAAUUCUUAAACUGAGCAAACACUCAGAGGGUCUCAAGAUCUUGGGCAAAACGAUGAAGACUAGUAUCCGAGAACUGAGCAUGUUCAUCCUCUUUCUGGGUAUCGCCACCGUCAUCUUUUCAGGAGCCAUUUUCUACGCUGAGAUGGGAGAAUCUGGAAGCAUGUUCACCUCCAUCCCUGACGCCUUCUGGUGGGCCAUUGUCACCAUGACAACAGUAGGUUACGGCGAUUAUGUGCCGGUUGGGGUUUUUGGGAAGAUGCUUGGCGGUUUUUGUGUGCUGUCUGGAGUCCUGGCCAUCGCUCUACCGGUGCCUGUGAUCGUCGCCAACUUCAACAACUUUUACAGACACUACACAGAUGCUAAGAAAAAACGAAGAAUUUGGGGACACCUGCCCUCCGAGACCAGGUCGACGCGGAAAGUCUGACCCCACUGAACCUGUCAAGAUGAAAUGAGCUUAUAUUUUGUGAACGAUAGGGUGAUGAGAAUGUUUUACGGGGAGCCCACUAUGGAUGGGAUCGGCCGAUUGCCCGACUCGAUCGCCUCAAAAACAAACGGGUUUGUUUUCACUUUCAGGUGAUCGAGUCUGGCGAUCAGCCCGAUCCAGCAGUAGUGGGCACCCCGUAUUAUGAGUUAUUUCUGUGGAAAAGGGAGAAUGGUAGGGUAGGGGUGGGAUGUAUAUAUAGAUUCUGUAUUGUACGGUUUUGUGUAUAUUAUGUGUGUGUUAUGUGUAUGUGUGAGCGCACAUGUAGCUUUAGAUAAAUGUAGACCUUCGUCUCUCUCUCUCUCUCUCUCUCU